UGUGGUGACGGUCUAUCAUAAUCAUAAGAGCAUAUAGUUAAGUGUUUUUGCCUCUUGUUACACUCCAUUAAUUUAACCAUGCUCUCCUUCAAACUUGGUCUCUACCUUCUUAUUGCAUCUGUCUUUGUCUUCCACCUGCUUCCUAAUCCAGUGCUAUGUGAUGAUGACGAGGAGGAUCUACUCCAUGACAUCAACAUUUACAGAAAAGUUUUGAACCUUCCUCCUCUGGAAAAAAGUGACAAGGCUUUUUGCUUAGCCGAGAGGAUAGCAGAUGAUCUAGAGGACAAGAAAUGCGACGAGUUUGGGGGCUACUACCCUGUGCCUGGUAGCAACCCCAAAAUUCCCAACUUCCAAAAGAGUGUAAGCAAAUGCAAGAUCAACACCAACACCACAAAAGAUGGGGUCAUCAUGCCUGUUUGUGUGCAUGAAUUGGACCGUGAUGCUUUGUUUUCCAAUUAUACCAAAUCUAAUCGUUAUACAAAAUAUCUCAAUAAUUCAAAGUAUAAGAUAGCAGGGGUUGGCUCUGAGAAUGAUUGGAUGGUUCUUAUUAUCAGCACCAACACUGCUUCUGGAGAUUUCUCCUCUGCAACUUCUCUGCUUGCUGAGGCUUGGAAGAGUCACUACCUCAUGUUGGUCUUCUUCUUCAGCACGAUUGUUCUUCUCUUCAACUAAUUCAUUGUUCUCUUUCGUCUCCUGUUAUUAUUCAUUCAUUUGGUGGAUUUUUCUUUUCUCUUUGUUAUUUGGAACAUUUAUUAUUUUCUUUUGUAAUUUUGUGUAUGUGAGUGUACCAGUGUUUUUGUUUUGACAAGUUCUUGAUGAUUCUGGAUUUGCGUGUGAUAAUCUCCAUGCACGUACUUGUAAUUAAUCAUGUAUAUUGUGAUUUGGGUGUUAAUAUGUUUGAUAAAUAAAAUUUAAGCCUCUUUGUUAA